AGAGAGAGAGAGAGAGAGAGAGAGAGAGAGUGGUUGGUGGAGGGAAAUCCAUGGGAGAUGAUAGAGCAUUGAAGGCUUAGGUCAUGGAUCUCACAAUCCUUUGCCCAUCUCAUACCGACGAAGUUUCCGAUUUCUACAUCUUAGCUAUAAAUGGAUUGAAGUAGGAAGAAACAAAGAAGAAGAAGAAGAAGAAGAAGAAGAAGAGGAAAAACAAUGGAGGGUGGCGACCACAAGUGCGGCGAUAACCAAGCGGUGAGGAGAUGGACUCUUGUAGGAACUACAGCUUUGGUCACCGGAGGCACUAAAGGAAUCGGACAUGCCAUAGUAGAAGAACUAGCUAGAUUUGGUGCAGCCGUCCAUACCUGCUCUCGAAACGAAGCAGAGCUCAACGAGUGCUUGCAACAAUGGAGAGCUUUGAACCUCAAGAUCACCGGCUCCGUCUGCGACGUCUCAUCUGACUUUGAGAGGGAGAAACUGAUGCAGACUGUGAACUCCGUCUUCCAUGGAAAGCUCCAUAUCUUGGUAAACAAUGCCGGGACGUUGAUUUGUAAACCGGUGGUGGAGCAUACCCCAGAGGACUACAGACGUAUCAUUAGCACCAACUUGGACUCUGCCUUCCAUCUGAGCCAGCUUGCCCAUCCUCUUCUAAAGGCGUCAGGAAGAGGCUGCAUCGUCAACAUCUCCUCCAUCUCUGGCUUCGUCGCCAUCGAUUCUGCAUCCGUCUAUGCAGCAACUAAAGGUUACAUGUCACAGACACAACCGUCUCGCAUCACGAAUCUAAUAGUACUUCUUCGUCUUCUUCUUUCUUCAGGAGCACUGAACCAGCUGACGAGGAGCCUUGCUUGCGAGUGGGCAAAGGACAACAUUCGAGCUAACUGCGUCGCUCCCGCGUACAUCAGAACUCCACUCAUUCAGACCUGUUUACAAUCUCAACAGCUAUCCGAAGACGAAGAGUUCGUAGCGAGGGAGGCUCGUCGCGUUCCUCUGGGGCGGCUGGGUGAGCCAGAAGAGGUGGCGGCCGUGGUGGCUUUCCUCUGCCUCCCCGCUGCCGACUACGUCGAUGGCCAAGUCAUCAUCGUGGAUGGAGGUCGGACUGUGAACGGCAACAAUUGAAGUCUCCAUUACCACACGAUUGCUGCCAUCUAUGCUGUUCCGAGAAGCAAUACCAUCGACAUAGUUGUGCUUGGUGUGGUCGUAAUAGGUAAUGCAAUUCCCGUUCUAAAUAAGAUAGCCAUCUAAAUAAUCUUUCUCGGUACAAUAAAGCUAUUUGCUGACCAUUUGGGUACUCAAAUUAGUUCGAUCAUGGCAAUAACAAAUGCAGUUCCCAAUA